GCCCGAAGCCUCGUUUCACGGCCAGGUGCGGCCCUGGCCCGGAUACGCUGCGACUUCUUCGCGGAGAUGGCGGCGAGCUGGGCUACGGUUGCCACAGACCUGGGAGCCCGGCAACGCAGUCUCAAGGUGCGCUCUCAUGCUCCCCGCCCGGCCGAAGGUUUCGGGUCUGGUGGGGUCGUUGUCUCCUCGGCGCCGCCGGCUGCGGCUAGCCCAGCCGCCAAAGAGGUAACGCCUGCAAGCCGACCCAAGGACACGCAGCAAGAAGCGCCCAGCCGAUCGGUGUCGGCACAUCUGCAGACGCCCCUGGCAGCCCAGCUGCUCCGCUCCGUAUCCACACCCGAGGCAGUGUCGCCCCAGUCCGGCGAAGAAGAUUCUGAGGGCACGGCACAAGAUGCUGAUCCGGGGUUGAAGCUGGAGCUUUCGCAGUCGUCUUUCAAGGCGUCUGCUUCGGAGCCAGGGGUCGCGGCUGGCGAGGACAGCCCCAUGCAUAACGAAGAUGAGCUCCGAAAGCUGAUGAGUUUGAUUGCAGCUGAGAACGGUGGGAAUGUCGAGGCGGUGCUGCAGGAUCACAUUGCCAAGCCGGAUAAGGCCGGCCACAGAACGGCGGACGACAAGCUCUACGCCUCCAUGGCGGCCGAUGACGGCACGGAAGAUUUCGAUGGGGAGGCAUCUCCUGAAGAGCUUCCCGCCAACAGCGAGGAGGCCCAUAAAGAAGAGGUUUCCGCUUCCGUGGCUGAGGAGGCCCACAAAGAGGAAGCACCCAACCCCGUGGCUCAGGUCCUUUCGGGAAACUAUGCGGAGAUCUUGCAGGUCCAUGAGGAAAACGUGGAGGAGGCCCACAAAGAAGAGGUUUCCGCUUCCGUGGCUGAGGAGGCCCACAAAGAGGAGGCCCCCAACUCCGUGGCACAGGAAGCUACGUCACCGGCCGAGUGUGCCGUUGUUGAGGUCCCGAAAGAGGAGGUCUUCGUCACCCUGGAUGCAGAGGUCAGCAAGCCAGACAAGAUCUCAGCUGAGGAGCAGGAAACUGCUCCCAGUAUGGCGCCCGCUGAAGCUGAG